UAGCGAUACCGGAUUUUACCGAAGUAGUACCAUAUGUUACAAGAGAGGAGGGUAAAACAAGAAAGAGAGAAGGUUCGGUUCGAAAAGCAAUCAUUGUCAUCUUACAAAGCCAAAAAUGUUAAAGACUUUAGUGAAGCAUUGUGUUAGACAAAAUGCUGGGUUCAUCAGCUGCUGUUGCUAUAGGAGCGUGACCUCGGAAGAUGUUAAUAAACCAUACGUGAUUGACCUACGUAGUGACACGGCCACAAAACCAACCAAAGAGAUGAGAGAUGCCAUGGCCAGUGCCAAAGUCGGAGACGACUGUUUCAAGGAAGAUCCCACUGUUAAUGAAUUACAGAGCCGAGUUGCCAAGCUUCUGGGAACUGAAGACGCACUGCUGAUGCCGUCUGGUUGUAUGGCCAAUCUUGUUGCAGCAUUGUCCCACUGCCAGAACAAAUAUUGUGAAGUCAUUCUUGGAGAUCAGUCUCAUAUGUUUUUGUAUGAAGUUGGAGGAAUGGCACAGUAUGGAGGACUGCAGACAAACAUAGUUAAGAAUCUGGGCGACGGGACCCUGGAUCUUGAUCAAAUAAGCAGCCACAUCCGACCAGCCGAUGACAGAGACCAGCCGCAGACGGAACUGAUCUGUCUGGAGAACACACAGAAUCAGUGUGGAGGAAGAGUGCUGCCUCUCAACUACUUGAAAGAGGCAUAUUCAGUGGCCAAGAAACACAACAUAAAGUUGCACAUGGAUGGUGCCCGGGUACUAAAUGCAGCAACACACCUUGGUGUGCCUCCCUCUGAUGUCACACAAUACUGUGAUUCUGUCAUGACCAGCUUUUCUAAGGGUCUUGCCUGUCCAAUGGGAUCCGUUUUAGCUGGCUCAAAGGACUUUAUUGCGAGAGCAUUUCGUGUAAGGAAGUCUUUAGGUGGAGGUUUGCAUCAGGCUGGAAUCCUGGCUGCUUGUAUGUUAGUUGCUCUGGACACAACUGCACACAGAUUGCAUGAAGACCACCAAAGAGCUAGAAUGAUUGCUGAAGGAGUGAUCGAGGUAUCUAGUCCAGCUGCGAAUGUUGACAUGGAUGGUGUCGACACCAACAUCGUCAUGAUCGACAUCAAUAAGGAAGGAGUGUCUACUGAAGACUUCUGCAACAGACUGGCGCAGGUGACAGAAGCAGAAAGUGUUGAUCUCGGCGAACGUAUAGUAACCAAGAUGUUCCCAUUCACCAAGAAGUCUGUGAGGCUGGUCACUCAUAAUGACAUCAGCGAUGACGAUGUUAGAAAAACCGUAAAAAAACUCCAGUAUGUUAUUCGGGAGAUUUCGGCCUGAUUCGCUGGUGAUUCAUAAUGACAUCAGCGAUGACGAUGUUAGAAAAACUGUGAAAAAACUCCAGUACGUUAUCCGGGAGAUUUUGGCCUGAUUUGGAAUCUCUGUGUGCAUAUAAUAAUUGACGAAAGUCUUGUCUAGACUGGAUCUAUUUGAAACUCAAAAACAUUUCCAAGAUUGUAAAAAGAAAUAUUUUAAUCCCAUGUAUAAAAGAUACUGUUAUAUAUAUAUAUGAAAUAUUAGCCAUAUUUCAGGUAUGGAUUCAAGGGUUCUGGAUGUGGAUCAGACACCUGUUCUGACUCAUGCAUACACACACACUUACACACCACACCACACCACAUCAAACAUACACUACACCACACCAUAUCACAUACACUUGCACACAUACCAUGCACCACACCACAUACACACACUUGCACAAUUAUGA